AUAUUAAUUUUUCAGAAGCCCGGGAACAUAUCUUAUCGAUGACGAGCGCCUCCCUCGUCAGUUUUUUUCCCCGCCCUUCAAUCCCAGAACAAUGCUCAUCAUGUACUUCUUCGAACCAGAAUCGCGCACUUUUCCCCUUCGCCUCAAGAAAGGAUUCGAGGAAUUCUAUCAGAACCCUUUGUAGUACUUUUCAACAAGAGCCUCUCGUCGUGUCCUCCGAUAAUCUCCCUUUCCAUGGUUCUUUUGUCAAGCCUAUUCAGGAAGUAGAAGGAACCAAAGAUACUGAUGAGCUCAUCCAUGGCGUCUCCAGUUCUGAACCAGAGCCUAAAUCGCAGUUAUCGAGUAGGGUUAAAAAGAAGGCACAAGAAGACGGGGAUAGCCUCGAGAGUAGGUUUAAGCUGCGAAAUGGAAGGGAGAUUUUUGAAGAACAAGCCUACCUCGUUGGCUUAGAGCGGAAAGGAGAUGUUGGCCAACUUUUUAGCAUAGACGAAUCUCUGAAAGAACUGGCACAGUUAGCUGACACUGCUGGACUAAAGGUCGUUGGUUCAACAUAUCAAAAACUAGCUUCUCCAAACCCAAGGACUUACAUAGGAUCUGGCAAAGUUGCAGAAAUCAAGAGUGCAAUUCAUGCAUUAGGUAUAGAGACUGUCAUAUUUGAUGAUGAGCUUUCAGCUGGGUAAGUUUGUUUGUUUUUUUUUUUUUAAUUAUUUUAUUUUAUUUAAAUGAUUCUGUUAAUGGAUGUUAUCAUUUCUCAUGAGUGAGGAAACAGUGCAUCAUUGACAUUAAUUUUAUUUUAUCAUAGUUUCUUUUCCAAUAAGUUUCCUUAAAAGUAGUCUCUGUAGCCAGUUCAUUUCUUGUUUGAGUUGUGAUUAGAGGUUGCUAUUUUGCUAAUUGUUUGGAGGCUUCGCACUGUUUUCUGUUACACUAUCAUCUUGUUCAAGAGAAGCGAACCUUUUUU